AUGUCACUCUGCAGCAUCUGCAACAGUCUUCAAGUCGAUGCUACGACAAACGAAUCAUCUGAUGAAACGAAUUGGCCCGGCCCAGAUCGAUUCAAGACGUUUAAAUUGUAUGUUCCCAUGCAAGAAUGGCGUGAGUCGGCCGACGGAGGAUGCCCAACUUGCCGUUUGGUUUGGGACGCCUUACUCUACUUCCACGGCGAAUUGGCCUCGGAGCUUGCAGGGACGACCGUUGAUGAGGACGAACCCGUGAAUAUCAGCCUCAGCGGCAUCCUCGGGGAGACGUUGCUGCUGUCGUUAUACCCGCUCCCCAAGGAGAAGCACUUCCCAGGACUAGAGUUCUUCACGUACAGCAUUCUCAAUCUGACAACCACAAGUUCAAAUUUCGCGCAGCGGAAAGCUGGCAUCCCUUGGAACGGCCUCUCGGAAUCGUUCCGGCAUGCUAUCCUGAUAUGUCGUAGUCUCGGGGUGCGCUACAUGUGGAUCGACGCCCUUUGCAUUAUCCAGGACUCUCCGUCAGACUGGGAGAAGGAGGCGGCGCGCAUGGCCGAUGUAUAUGAGAAUGCCUUCUUGACCAUCGCCACCGAUGCGGCUCGGGACCCAACCUGGGGCAUCCUCACCCCUCGGCAUCUCGAAAAGAUCUCUGUGCAAGACGCUAUCGCCAAACCGGACAAGCCUCGAGGGAAGCGCAGCUAUGAUGUGCUGAGUGUACCAAUUAAAGACGACACGGGAGCGGAAUGUAUCAUCCAAGUACGAGAGCCGUUGUUACAUUCCGACAUUGUCUUUCCCCGGACCUAUCACGACGUUAGCUAUCCGCUCCUCACCAGAGCCUGGACGCUGCAAGAACGCUUGCUCGCGCGCCGUACGCUGCACUUCACGGCCUUUGAACUAAUCUGGGAGUGCAAGCAGACGCUCUUCUGCGAAUGCGAUUGCAUUGCGCGCGAGUUUCAUGGACUAGAUGGGCACAAUGGUCCCAAAGUCUCGUAUAAGAGAGCAAUGGUUCAGCAACGACAAGAGCGCGAGGUCAUGUCUAGACGAGAGGACAGCGACCGCGAUCUCAGCCUAGCCAACCGCCCACGGAUGCUGGAAAAGAUCAAGACUUGGACGUUGAUCAUUGGUGGGUACACCGGGCGUAACCUGACGUUCGUCACAGACAAACUACCCGCCAUCGCAGGCCUGGCGCGGCGGUAUGCGGCGCAAGUUCAGGGACCCAGCACCCUACAGCCGCCCGCCAUCCACCAGAUUUAUCUCGCCGGCCUGUGGCUAACUGAUCUUCCAUGGCUGCUUUGCUGGCGCGCAUUCCAACGGCGCUUCGCGCAGCGCCCGGCCGAGUACUGCGCGCCGACGUGGUCGUGGGCGUCUCUUACCACGCCUGUAAUCUGGGACUAUAGCCUCUACGACGCAGCCGCCCAGGUGGAUGUCCUCAACGCAACGACGAUCCCCCAGGGUCUGGACGGCUUUGGAAGGGUGAAAGGAGGCAGCCUCACGUUGACCGGAUACGUGAAACGAGCAACACUGGACUUUGACGCCUGCCCCAACACUGUCGUCGGCCUGAACAACGAAAACGGUGACCGAAUCUUCUUUGUGCCGGACCAGAAUCCGCCCGAUACCAACACGGGUGCCGAUGGCCACGAUGUGUCGAGCGAUCCCGUGUCCAAGUCCGCUCAGCGAAGUGUACCCUCCAUGAGCCACGGCGACGCCGUCGCGUGUCUGUGGGUGCUCCACAACGUGGUGACGGGGGCCGUUUAUGGACUCGUGCUUGCGGCGCCGGGGAAGACGUCCAUCGAGCGCUCAUUGCGCGAUCAUGCGGCGUCGGGGGCGGAGUUGGCUACAUUCGAGCGGAUCGGCCUGAUUACCAGCAUGUCCCGGAAGUAUCAAAAAGACGAGUUAUCGGCAUUAUCGUGGUUUUCGGGAGCGGAGAAGCAAGCCGUAACCAUUCUCUAA